CUAACACUCGCAAGCUAUUUGUAUCACCUCCUCUUCUCAACAGUCACACAGGAAGAGAUCAUUUCUCACUUUAUACUUCAGUCAGUCAGCAUCAAGACAACAUGAAGGUCAGAGCUUUCUGCAUCGCACUGUUGACUGUGACAAUCCUCCUGUCCUGUGCACAGGAUCAUGAUGUUGAUGCAGCUUUUCUUCGUAUCUCUCCAAACAGACUGCAGUUCUUUGAAUACGAGUCCAUCACUUUUUACUGUGACGGAGUCUUUUACUGUCACGUUGAAAGUACAUCCAAAGGGAGGAACCCCUCGUGUUGCACAACUGAGGACAAAACAUUUAGGGGACCUAACUGCACCAUUGAAAGUGUUUAUGAAGAGGACUCUGGAAAGUACUGGUAUCUAGAAGAAAGAGAGAGAAGAAACAUCAUCAACAUCAAUGUCACUUCUGGUUCUGUGAUCCUGGAGAGUCCUGCUCUUCCUGUGAUGGAGGGAGAAGAUGUGACUCUGAGCUGCAGAACUAAAAAUUCUUCCUCCAACAUCACAGCUGAUUUCUAUAAAAAUGGAGUCCUCAAGUGGAGAAGCUCCACAGGAAAUCUGAUCCUCAAAACAGUCUCCAUGUCUGAUCAAGGAUUCUACAAAUGUCACAUCUCUGGAGUUGGAGAAUCACCACAGACCUGGCUGACUGUUAGAGCUUUACUGUCCUCAUCAACAUCAUGUUUUCAUGAAGAGAUGAAUCUUACCUCCUCCUGCAAGUGUAAUGAUAACAACUGUCACAUUUACCCCAUCCUAAGGACUGUGUUCACCAUCAUCAUGGUGGUGCUGUUGCUGCUGCUGCUCGGAUGUCUUCACUGUGUGUUAGACAGAGGUAUAAAAUAUGACUAAACUUCAACAGAAUAGAGGAUUUUCUGUUAUAUAAAAGAAAAAGAUGGUCUGUAUGACCAACAGGUGAAUUAAGUUCAGUUUAGUAGCUGAGAUUACAAAGUGGAUAUUUCAUGUAGGAUUAAGCCCAUUGCUAUCGAGCUGUUUUCUAUGCUUCUAGUCCCAGGGUUAGACACUGUGACUGAAUCAGGAAAUGAGUGUCUUUCUGAGAAACUUGUGUAACAUGUCUGCAAAUGUGGUUAUUAAAGCAUUCGCUCUGACCAUAACUAGCCUGACAUAUGAUAUUCAAAAUAACCACAACGCCUGAGCGCUUCUAUUAAUUGAUGUUGGUUUGUAGAAACGUGUGAGCUCUGACAGUGUGUCACCACCUUCUCGUGUCUUCAUCUGUUAGCAAUUUUGCAAAGUCUCAAGAAAAAUAAACUUAGAUAUGCAU